AUGGCGCAACUGGGGCAACCUAUGCCGCCCCAGUACGCCCCAUUCCCUACCACGGGAUGGGCCCCCUUCCGGGUCAUAACCCCGGGGGCCCACGCCAUUGAGGGCGGGCCACCUCGUCGAGGCAAUCCUCGGGUCCCCUCUCUCUCACUUGAGCUAUCAUCUUACUUCAGAAGUGAGAGAGAGAGGGAACUGGGGAUUGCCUCGACACCAACUGAUCAUUCGCUGUUUCCCGGCCCGCCCCAGGGCUCGGAAUGGGACCGCAGGUAA